AAAUUCCUACACCAUCAAUUCAUUUCUCCCCACAAAGGAAGAGAGAAACGCAGGCAUGGCAGAGAAUGCGGAGAAAGUUGAGGAGAUAGAGAUGACAACAGAAGCUGAUAAUAAAAACCGGCUGAAAGAUCGAAAGUUUUCAUGGGCCAAGCUGCGCCGUGUGGAUUCUCUCAAUUUGGAGGCUGGUAGACUUUCUUUCUCUUCUAGCAAGGCCACCCAUUCCAAGGUAGAUUGGACGACGACAUUGAGUUUAGCAUUUCAGAGCAUUGGAGUGGUGUAUGGAGAUAUCGGAACUUCCCCACUUUAUGUAUAUUCCAGCACUUUCCCUGAUGGCAUUGGCGACCAGGACAACCUCAUAGCGGUUCUCUCCCUCAUCAUCUACUCCAUAAUUCUCAUUCCUUUUUUCAAGUAUGCAUUCGUCGUUUUGAGAGCUAAUGACAACGGCGAAGGGGGAACAUUUGCGCUCUAUUCUUUGUUAUGCCGACAUUUAAAGGUGAGCUUGAUUCCAAAUCAACAGCCGGAGGAUAGAGAGCUGUCUAACUACCAGUUGGACACUCCAUCCAGCCAGUUGAAGCGGGCAUACAAGAUUAGAGGAAAGAUAGAGAACAGUAAACUUGCCAAAGUUUUGCUUUUCUUGGUCACUAUCCUAGGGACUUCAAUGGUCAUAGGAGAUGGGGUUUUGACUCCAAGCAUCUCAGUUCUUUCCGCAGUGAGUGGCAUCAAAUCCUUGGGACAAGAUGCUGUGGUGGGAAUUUCCGUAGUAAUUCUGAUCAUCCUUUUCUCUGUCCAACGAUUCGGAACUGACAGAGUGGGAUAUUCAUUUGCCCCAAUCAUCUGCUUGUGGUUUGCCUUCCUCAGUGGGAUCGGCUUGUACAACCUCUUCACUUAUGGGUGGGGUGUGUUACGUGCGUUUAAUCCGUUUUACAUAGUGCAAUACUUCAAGAGACGCGGCAAGCACGGAUGGGUUUCACUUGGUGGAGUAGUUCUUUGCAUUACAGGGACGGAAGCCAUGUUUGCUGAUCUGGGUCACUUCAGUGUUCGAGCAAUUCAAAUGAGUUUCUCUGGCGUUGCCUUGCCUUCGUUACUCAUUGCAUAUUGUGGCCAAGCUGCCUACCUCACCAAACACCCUAAUGACGUUGAGGACACUUUCUACAAAUCUAUUCCAAAUCCAUUGUACUGGCCAACAUUUGUAGUAGCUGUCGCUGCUGCCAUUAUUGCUAGCCAAGCUAUGAUAUCUGGAGCGUUUUCGAUUAUCUCUCAGUCGUUAUCUCUCGGGUGUUUUCCAAGAGUUAAGGUAGUCCACACUUCCGUUAAGUAUGAAGGUCAAGUUUAUAUACCAGACGUCAACUACAUGCUCAUGAUUGCCUGUGUUAUAGUCACUGUUGUCUUCAAGACCACAGAAAAGAUCGGCAAUGCAUAUGGAAUUGCCGUGGUUGCUGUAAUGGUGAUCACAACAGGUAUGAUGACUCUGAUAAUGCUUGUUAUAUGGAAGAUAAACAUAUUGUGGGUUGUCCUCUUCUGUGUCUUCUUUGGCGUUGUAGAGGCUGUAUAUCUCUCAUCAGCCUUGUACAAAUUUGUUCAAGGAGGCUACCUUCCAUUAGCCUUCUCCCUUGUCCUAAUGACAAUUAUGGGAAUAUGGCACUAUGUCCAUCAAAAAAGAUACGAUUUUGAGCUUCAGAAUAAGGUUUCCAAUGAAUUCAUUAAACAACUGGCGGUCGAUCCAAGGAUAAGGCGGAUGCCAGGAAUGGGUCUUUUGUACUCAGAGCUCGUUCAGGGCAUACCUCCCAUAUUUCCUCAUUUCAUUUCAAGUAUACCUUCCAUCCAUUCAGUUCUAGUGUUUGUCUCAAUCAAGAAACUUCCAAUUAGCAGAGUGGCAUUGGAGGAGCGUUUUCUGUUCAGACAGGUGGAGCCAAGAGAGUAUCGAAUGUUCCGCUGUGUUGUUAGAUACGGUUAUCAGGAUGUAAUGGGAAGUGCUGAGGGGUUUGAACGUCAAUUGGUAGAGAAGUUGAAGGAAUUCAUUCGUCAUGAAUGCUUUAUUGCUGAAGGAAGGGCAGCUGAACAAUUGCCAGCUCCAGAGGAACCCCAGAGCUCCACUCUUCUGGUAAAUGAAGGAAAAGCGAAAGGAACGAGUAAAUCCACUGUUUUUGUCGAGGAAUCGCUAAACCAGCUCAAUUCAUCCCGCGUUUCCUCAGCAUCCAUCCAGUCGUUUAAUGCAGCCAAAUCAACAAACUCGUCAAGCAGAAUCAUCUCUGCACCCAUCCAGGGAGCUGAAGAGGAGAUGCAGUUUGUGCAGAAAGCAAUGGAUGAAGGAGUUGUUUACCUCCUGGGAGAAGCUGAAGUGAUGGCAAAGCAAAAUUCAUCCUUCAUAAAGAAGAUAAUUGUAGACUAUGUCUACAGUUUCCUGAGGAAAAACUUCAGGCAAGGGGAGACAGUAUUGGUGAUACCACACACUAGGCUUCUAAGGGUAGGAAUGACAUACGAGAUUUGAGAAAGACUUCAUGUGUAUGUAAUGUGAGCCUUCACGAGUUGAGUGAAACCUAGUUGUCAGCAAACAAAUCAGAACGAAAGCAGAGACAGUCUAAUAGCUUUUGCAAUAAAAUGUCUAUUUGUAAAUGUUAUUCAAAUGGUCUUCUAAUCAUUUGAUUUGUAUAUGGUGUUCUACU